AUGGGAGGUCCUACUGUGUUUAUAACUGGUCGUGCCGGUACCGGUUACGAUCGCAGUUAUCAUGGGUAUAAAUCUUUUCGGAGAGCCAUGAUGAGCUUUCUAAAACCUGAUGGCCUUCAAGGGCACAUAAAACGUAUGGACAAAUCUUCCGAGAAUGGUGAUCAAGAAGAACCCAUUACAAUGAAUGAGGUUAUUGAUAAUUUCGUUGCUAUGAUGAUUGCUAGCCAUGAUAGUUCAGCUUCUGUCUUGACUUGGGUCAUUUGGAAAUUGGCUAAAGAUCGCGAGGUCUAUGGUAAUGUUGUCAGAGAGCAAAUGAGCAUUGUGGACACGAGAAAGCAGCGACAACAGCAAGGUGAAGGUGAAGCUGACGAACGACUAACAUGGGGCGAUGUAGCAAAGAUGAAAUACACAUGGAGAGUAGUACAAGAAGUGAUGAGGGUCAUUCCUCCGUUCUUUGGAAGCUUCAGAACGGCAAUUAAAGACACUAGUUAUGAUGGCUAUGACAUUCCAAAGGGAUGGCAGGUAUUUUGGGUGGCAUAUGCAACACACAUGAACGACGACUUAUUCAACGACCCUGCAAAAUUUGAUCCAUCUCGUUUCGACAGCAAGUCAAAUAUUAUUCCUCCUUACUCGUAUUUACCAUUCGGAGCAGGACAUCAUACUUGCAUAGGACUCGAAUUCUCUCGAGUUGAAGCGUUGGUAGUGUUGCAUCAUAUGGUGACCAAAUUCGAAUGGUCACUUGUGAAUCCAGAUGAGAAAAUAACUCGUCUAGCUUUGCCAUAUCCAGAAAUGGGUCUCCCAAUCAACCUCAUACCAAAAAGCAGUUGUUAA